CGUGAAUCCGAAGUGCACAGCGUCAAACAGCUAGCGGCUAUUGCUCUUAGAGACUCAGGAUGGAGGUGGUUGGCCCAGGUUUUCCAUAGUAUUUCCACACUCACAGACGGAGGGAUAUUUGUUGAUCAGCUUCCACUGGAGCAAGGGUCGGACUUGCUGAGGGAAGAGGUCCACCCAUCCAUCUAUCUAUCUAGUUGCUCACUCUUGCAUUUGGAUCUCAUCCCUCUUCAUUAGAAACCUUUUGAGCACAUGUUCAACCAAAGGCUGGCCUAAAAGAUUCGCUAGUCAAAGAGAGAGUUUCGUUUAGGAUCGACCAUGGGAGACAUCACCAAAGCAUUAGACCAGCUCUCCGAUAUCAAGAUGGACACCGAGGCCAUCAUGAAGAAGGUGACCAAUGGAAUGAAACCUCUCAACGAAAUGGCCAAGAAGAAGACCAAGAAACUCCUUAAGACCACCUCGAAAAAGCGGGAUGUUCCUGAUGACGAGAAAAUGGAAAAUGUUCCCUUGAAGUGGGCAAUCAUGGCCUAUAUCUCGUACAUUUUCUUGGUCGUCACCGGUUACCUCCGUGAACUGAUAUGGGGCAUCGGUCCCAUCAACUCCCAAUACGGCCGAGAAUUCAAUCGAGACGGGUAUCCACCACUAUACUCCAGUUUCGAAGGCUUCUACACGCGUAACAUCUUCCGACGUUUCAAACCCGUGGUGGGUCAACCCAUUUGCAGUACACCCGGUGCUCACACCAGGAUCAGAAACCGGAAAUCCGACGACCACUUCUGGACGUCGAAAUUGCAAGAGGGCUCGUAUAAGAUGUUGAACUUUGGCAGCUACAAUUACUUGGGCUAUGCCGAAGAUACUGGCCCGUGCACAGAUGCCGCUAUUCAGGCCUUGGACGAUGGUGGGGUUGGACCCAGUAGUCCUCGACAAGAAAUGGGAAAUCUGGCCAUUCAUAAAGAGUUGGAACAGACUGUAGCCGAAUUCAUCGGGGCCGAGGCGGCCAUCACCACCGGUAUGGGGUUUGCCACCAAUUCCCUGAACAUCCCCUGUCUGGUGAGCAAAGGCUGUCUCAUCCUCAGUGACGAGCUCAACCACGCGUCUUUGAUCUUGGGGAUGCGCCUUUCCGGUGCCACUGUCAUGGUCUUCAAACACGGUAACGUGGAUCACCUCGAGAAACUCUUGCGUCAAGCCAUCAUCAAGGGACACCCUCGAACUAGACGUCCCUGGAACAAGAUCAUGAUUUGCGUCGAAGGCGUCUAUUCCAUGGAGGGUACCAUUGCCCGACUUCCAGAGAUUGUGGCUUUGAAGAAGAAAUACGGCGCCUAUUUGUACCUGGAUGAGGCUCAUUCCGUCGGCGCUAUGGGACCUAAUGGCCGAGGGGUGGUAGACUACUUCGGUCUCAACCCCAAGGACAUCGACAUAAUGAUGGGCACUUUCACCAAGAGCUUCGGCUCAGCAGGGGGCUACAUUGCCGGUACCAAAGUCCUCAUCGACUAUUUGAGAAUCCAUUCCCAGGCUUUUUGUUAUGCCACUUCCAUCUCCUCGGCCGUGGCCGCUCAAGUGAUCGCCUCCAUGCAUCAGAUCAUGAAUAAGGAAUGUGCUGGUCUCAGUCGGAUCCAACAAUUGGCUGAUAACUCGCGGUACUUCCGAAAGCGUCUCAAGCAGAUGGGCAUCAUUGUUUACGGCGAUGACGACAGCCCGGUUAUCCCUAUUCUCCUCAUCAUGCCCGCCAAGAUCUUGUCCUUUGUGGUGGGCAUGAAGAAAUACGGAGUGGCUACCGUGACCGUGGGAUUCCCGGCUGUGCCCAUGACCAAGGAGCGGGCCAGGUUCUGCAUGUCUUCAAGCCAUACCAAGGAAAUGUUGGACCAAGCCUUGGAUGCCAUGGAUAAAAUCGCUGACGAGAUGACCUUGAGAUAUUCACAGAUCCCCAGAGAUCGUACUGAAGUUAUCGAAUAUGGGGCUCGGAACUAAGAAAAUAAUAAGUGGGUUUUUUUCCGGUGACUCAGAUCUGACGGGCUGGGCCCACCAGAGGUGCAUUGUUAGAAGUAUUUUCUUUACCAGCCAUGUGUCUACGGUUCUUGGUCGCCUACAUCUUUUUCUCGACUGACUGACAAUAUUUUACCAAUAAAGAAAAGUUACCAUAUAAUCGGAAA